GGGCGUGUCGGGAAAGCGGCGGGCUGGUGCGAUCCUUGGCGGCGGCGGCGGCGGCGGCGGCAGCGGCGGCAGCGGCAGCGGUAGCGGUAGCGGCUGCGGCAGCGGGAGCCAUGGUGGGUGGCGAUGCCACCUCCGCGGUGGAGAAGCUAGUUUCCGGCGUGCGGCAGGCCGCCGACUUCGCCGAGCAGUUCCGUUCCUACUCGGAGAGUGAGAAGCAAUGGAAAGCGCGCAUGGAGUUCAUCCUGCGCCACCUGCCUGACUACCGAGACCCACCCGACGGCGGCGGCCGCCUGGACCAGCUGCUGUCCUUAUCUAUGGUCUGGGCCAACCACCUCUUCCUGGGUUGCAGUUACAAUAAAGACCUUCUGGACAAGGUGAUGGAAAUGGCUGAUGGGAUUGAAGUGGAAGACCUGCCACAGUUUACAAGCAGAAGUGAACUAAUGAAAAAGCAUCAAAACUAAGGCAGAUCCCCACAUUUCCACCCUGGGGACAGACUCAGAAAGGAGGCCAGGGUGAAGGUGACUGAACAUUGGCAGCUCUUGAGAUUCCUGGUAUUUGCAGCAUAGAGGCAGCUGGAACAGAAGGGGACGGGGCUCAAGGGCUUCAAAGAAGUCUUCAUUCUUCCAAGACUGCUGUAAAAAUAUACGCGCAUAUUUAUGAUUUCAUACAUGGCGGACUCUCAGAUUUCAUCAGGAUUGUCAGAGCUAAACUUGGUUUGAAAUAACAAUGUUGCUAUAACAAUGACAGCUGAUAAAUUUUAUAAUUUGAUUUUUUUUAAAACAGAGUACCUGUAAACAUAAUUCUUGUUUUUGCCGUACCCCACCCAUUUCUGUCCUGAGGCAAGGCAGGUCAGGUCCUCUGUGUCCUUAUUUCUACCUGAACACUCUAUACUUGUACGGCACCGCUGAUGGCCACCAAAGGACUCUGCACUAACCAACUGUGUCACUGGAGCACCGCCACUGCUGGGCUCAGGGACCUUUGUGUAAGAAGUGGGAAUCAUAGUGCAGACUUGAAGUAGCAGAGCUAGCUCAGAGGUAGGAGGCAACGUACAAAAAGGCAUCUAGCCUCAACUGAAAACUCACUGAGGGCUAGAGACGUAGCUUGGUAGAGUCCUGGCGUAGCAUGCUUGAGGUCCUGGGUUUGGUCCCUAGUAUUUCAAAAAGAGAAGAACAUAGCUAGUUAGAUUAAAAAUUGAUGAAAGUAUAUAUAUGGCUUUGUUCAGCCAACCAGAUGAUUUCUAGGUACUAGAUGCCUAUGUGCCUGCAUUUUUGUUUCUAGAAGGCUUUCACACUUGAAGAAGUAACUGCCUUGCAUAUCGCUUCUGGGUUGCAGUGCAAUCCUGCUUUGCUCUGAGAUGGUGGUACCGGCAUUCCACCUGACAGCUGACAUACGUGUUCUGAUUCCCCUUCCAGUUCCUUGUAUUUAGUCACCAUUAGAGCUGCGGGACUCAUCAGUGGCAGGCCCAUUAUGGCCAGAAAGACAGUGGGGUCUGCCUUAGCAUCAUCUGCUGGAUACAGGAAAUUGGACACCCAGAAGCUGGGGCCACUGGUGUUUGGCAUCAGAGCAGUGGGACACAUUCUUGUUUGUGGCUUGAGAUAAAGGCCACAUCUUUAUGUGGCUUCAGCUCCAGUCCCCAGUGACCAUUGAUUUGAUCCCUUGGACAAGCUUCUCCAGACAAUGAAAGACUGCCUGUCACAGGGUAAUGGCAAGGUGGUGACUGUUGGAGGGGGGAGCUCUGUGCUCACUGAGCUGAAACCUCAUUUUCUCAGAUGCAGAAGGCUUCAUUCUAAUCAUCUGUGCAGAUUUGUGAGGCUUAAAAUCAAAAUGCACUUUCCAUAGAUUGAUUUUAUUUUCCGUCUACAACCCCCAAUAAAACAGCUUUUCCAUUGAAUGAAGUUAGAUUCGAGUUCUCUGAUUUCUUCCAUAAACCUCCAGUUUACUUACUUCAUGUAAGUAUUUGGACAACGAAUCCAGAAGUAAAGCCACCUGCAGACAUGCUGUCUUGAGCCCAGCAUGGCACAGUUCUGUUGCCUUCCCUUCUCUGUUCUUUUUGCUCUUCGUGGUUUUGGUUUUCUUCAUUUCCUCAGCUAAGCUGCCUAUCUUUCUUCUCAUUUUUAUAACUUAGUGGCUGACUCACUUAUGAAAUUAGUAUUGUAUUCUUUAUGUAUUCCUUCCCAAGCUUGAAGUUAAGAUGAGAUCAUGCAGAGGAACUUAAGCACACCUCCAAGGCAUGCCCAGGAGAGGACUUUGAAAAGUGUGUAUCAGGGCACAGGAAGUGAGUACAGAAGUUUCAGAUAUGAAGGGCUCAUGCUGGUGAUGCUAAAAUUGCACUCUGUAAUAUUCCUGAGAAGUUAAUUUGGGAGAGUACACAUGGGUCUUUAGAGACAAUAAUUUCAGAACUUAGAAACCACAUUUUAGUCAUGGAGAAAUUGCUUCCUUCAACAAAUACUGAAGAAACGAAACCUCUUGAUUUUGUGUGUGUGUGUGUGUGUGUGUGUGUGUGUGUGUUGUGUGAAAUGAACUUCCAAGUUCAUUCUUUCUGAAAGAUUACACUCUUGGGCCAGGUGGGGAAAGGUUAGGAUGGCUAGGCAGUCUGCGGCAGGUACUUAUCAAUAAUGGAGGGGGCGUGGCACCCACACUCACUCUGAAAGCUGGCUGGGGAAGUCCACAGCAUCGCCUAGACAUACUCAAAGCCCUGCAAAACCAAAGACUAGAAACUAAUAAUGGGUCUGUUGCCUGCCUUAGAUGUGGGCUCCUUUGUCCUGGAGGUGAGCCUGUGAGCCAGGGUCCUGACAAACAGGACUUCUCUUAUUGGAGAACUGUGUGGGAAGCCAGUGUCUGCACAUAUUUGGCACGACUUUGCUUGUGUCUUGUCUUGGGUUUCCUCUCUGAGAAGCUGGGACAUGUUGGAACCAAAGCUUUUGACAAACUUGGGCUCACACAAAAGACAAGCAAGUUUCUAUAAGUGCUUUGCUCUCCCAUCCCACCACAGGGCUUCAACGGAGAUGACCUUUCUAUAGAGAGGGAGCAGCAACAUGUGGCCUUCAAAGAGCAAGCAGGAGGUACUGAGCAGCAAGCCACCAACCAAGUACAAAUCCUCGAAGUGGCACAUCUUGGCUAAGGCUCUGUUGGGUACUUGCAGCCCCCAGCCCCAAACACUAGGUAUCUUGGGACUCAAUAGCUCUGUGUCUGGGGUCCUGAGCUCUUUGGUAUGUCAGUAUGCUCCUUGUCCUGCACUGUGUUCACAGCCUGUGACCGGCCUGUCCCACAGAUUCCUGCAAAACACUAGGUUCUCCUUCACUCCGGCUAGAGUUCUAGGCUGACUGCCCUACUUCUACUUAAACCUUAGGUUUUAAGCAUCUCAGCUGCUAAGUCAAUGAUUUGUGCUUCCCUCCACUUUUUGUAUUCAAUUAUCUUUACAACUUGUUAAAUUUUCUAAUUGUUUUUGUAUUGAGACAGAGCCUCAGUAUAUAGCCCAGGCUAGCCUGGAAUUUGCUAUGUAGCCCUCACCACAAAUAGGCCUCACAAAGAUCUGUCUGCCUCUGCCUCCUAAAUGCUGGGUUGAAAGGUGUGCACUGUAGACCCCACAGGUCCUCUGCUAUCUUCUGGGCUUCGUAUCUAGGCCUGUGCCUGCCCAGGCCAGCUGCAAAGAGAGCCGUCUCCAUUUUCCUUUGGUAUUGUGUGUUGCUGCUCUGAUCACUGGAUCCUUGAUGCUGACUGUGGCCACCUGACAAGCUGUUGCAUGCUGAAGAUCCAAUUUGCCAAGGCGUCUUCGUGGGCUGGGGUUGAAUGCCUGCCUACAGUUGCUCAAUGUCUUCUUUGAACUGUGAAGGGGGCACUGUCAGGAGCAGUCAUGUAUCUAGUCAAAUGAUCCUUAAAAAUGAAAUAACAUUAAAUGUCACACUCUGUGGA